UAUUGUUGUGCAGCUGCGUCACACACACACGCACGCACACACUCACACACGCACGGUGCAGGCUCGGUGUUGCGUGCGGGACACAAACAGCACGCAGCGCUUCAGGAGGAAAAAGAUCCUAAAUAAAAAGAUUCUCUUCGACGGAGCAGGUUGGUGUGCACCAAAAUGGUGAAAUUGGGGAAUCAUUUGAGCGAGAAAAACAAGGGCAAGGUGGUCUCUGAAGAUGGCUUUGACACCAUCCCCCUCAUCACACCUUUAGAUGCCAGCCAGCUGCACUUCCCAGCACCAGACAAGGUGGUGGUGAAGACCAAGGCGGACUAUGACGGCGAGAGCAAAAAGAACAAGAUGAGAACGACCAAAAUGGUUGAAUUCUCAGUGAUGGAAGGCGUGUCGGAGCGACUCAAAGUGACGUUGCUGGUGAUCUGUGCCCUGGCCUUCUUGGUGUGUGUGGUGUUCCUGGUGGUCUACAAGGUCUACCAGUACGAGCAGCCCUGUCCCGACACUUUUGUCUACACGCAGGGACGCUGCAUGCCGGCCGGGAUGUACGCCAACUUCCCCCACCAGGCCCCCGGGGGCCGCGGGCGCCUCUUCACCCUCAUCAACCACUACAACAUCGCCAAGCAGACCAUCACUCGGUCAGUAUCGCCCUGGAUGACCAUCAUGUCCGAGGAGAAGGUCACCCAGCAGGAGACCGAGACGGCCCAGAAGCUGGCUUGAACCGCGGAGGGGGCGUGGCCUCACCUGCCGAGGAGGAAUAAAUAAUAAUAGGGUUGUGCCAUUCAAGCAAACCUGUGGCCCCGACGUGAUGCCUUCAAAGGUCGGCAGACGUCCGCCCACCGAGGAAGCUGAAGCUGGGUUUGUUUGAAUAGCACCAGUUGUUAUUUAUUGACACACACUUGAUGUUCACACAGUAGAAGUUAGUGAAGUUUGUGUUACCAUCAACAUGCACGCACUUCAUCAUCACACCACUUGGCUUUCUUCAUGACAGUUUGGAUUAGAGAUGUCCCAUAAUAUCAGACCACCGAUAUCAUCGGCCGAUAAAUGCUUUAUAAUGUAAUAUCAGAAAUGAUCAGUAUCGCCGCUGUGUACACGGACGUAGGGAGAAGUACAGAGCGCCAAUAAACCUUAAAGGCCCAAUCACAUAAUAUCUACGGCUUUUCACACACACAAGUGAAUGCAAGGGAUACUUGGUCAACAGCCAUACAGGUCACACUGAGGGUGGCCGUAUAAACAACUUGAACACUGUUACAAAUAUGCGCCACACUGUGAACCCACACCAAACAAGAAUGACAAACACAUUUCGGGAGAACAUCCGCACCGUAACACAACAUAAACACAGCAGAACAAAUACCCAGAACCCCUUGCAGCACUAACUCUUCCGGGACGCUACAAUAUACACCCCCCGCUACCCCCAAAUCAUUGAACAUUACAGCCCCCUGGUGUCUGUUGCCGUCAUCUCCCUUAGUCAAACGCAUAAUGAAGUUAGGCCCCCACCUCAACCUCCUCAUGCUCUCUCAGGGAGAGCAUGUCCUAAAUUCCAAGCUGCUGUUUUGAGGCAUGUUAAAAAAAAAAAAAUGCACUUUGGGACUUCAAUAAUAAAUAUGGCAGUGCCAUGUUGGCAUUUUUUUUCCCAUAACUUGAGUUGAUUUAUUUUGGAAAACCUUGUUACAUUGUUUAAUGCAUCCAGCGGGGCAUCACAACAAAAUUAGGCAUAAUAAUGUGUUCAUUCCACCACUGUAUUAAUCGGUAUCGGUUGAUAUCGGUAUCGGUAUUUAAGAGUUGGACAAUAUCGGAAUUUCGGCAAAAAAGCCAUUAUCGGACAUCUCUAAUAAAAAUGUGUUAAUUCCACAACUGUAUAUAUCGGUAUCGGUUGAUAUCGGAAUCGGUAUUUAAGAGUUGGACAAUAUCAGAAUAUCAGAUAUCGGCAAAAAGCCAUUAUCGGACAUGUCUAAUAAUAAUGUGUUAAUUCCACGACUGUAUAUAUCGGUAUCGGUUGAUAUCGGAAUCGGUAAUUAAGAGUUGGACAAUAUCGGAGUAUCGGCAAAAAAGCCAUUAUCGGACAUCUCUAAUAAUAAUAAUGGGUUAAUUCCACGACUGUAUAUAUCGGUAUCUGAUGAUAUCGGUAUCGUUAAUUAAGAGUUGGACAAUAUCGGAAUAUCGGCAAAAAAGCCAUUAUCGGACAUCUCUAAUAAUAAUGUGUUAAUUCCACGACUGUAUAUAUCGGUAUCGGUUGAUAUCGGAAUCGGUAAUUAAGAGUUGGACAAUAUCGGAAUAUCGGAUAUCGGCAAAAAAGCCAUUAUCGGACAUCUCUAAUAAUAAUAAUGUGUUAAUUCCACGGCUGUAUAUAUCGGUAUCUGAUGAUAUCGGUUUCGGUAAUUAAGAGUUGGACAAUAUCGGAUAUCGGCAAAAAAGCCAUUAUCGGACAUCUCUAAUAAAAAUGGGUUAAUUCCACGACUGUAUAUAUCGGUAUCGGUUGAUAUCGGAAUCGGUAAUUAAGAGUUGGACAAUAUCGGAAUAUCGGAUAUCGGCAAAAGAGCCAUUAUCAGACAUCUCUAAUAAUAAUAUGUUAAUUCCACGACUGUAUAUAUCGGUAUCGGUUGAUAUCGGAAUCGGUAAUUAAGAGUUGGACAAUAUUGGAGUAUCGGCAAAAAAGCCAUUAUCGGACAUCUCUAAUAAAAAUGGGUUAAUUCCACGACUGUAUAUAUCGGUAUCGGUUGAUAUCGGAAUCGGUAAUUAAGAGUUGGACAAUAUUGGAAUAUCGGAUAUCGGCAAAAAAGCCAUUAUCGGACAUCUCUAAUAAUAAUAAUGGGUUAAUUCCACGACUGUAUAUAUCGGUAUCUGUUGAUAUCGGUAUCUGUAAUUAAGAGUUGGACAAUAUCGGAUAUCAGCAAAAAAGCCAUUAUCGGACAUCUCUAAUAAUAAUGGGUUAAUUCCACGACUGUAUAUAUCGGUAUCUGAUGAUAUCGGUUUCGGUAAUUAAGAGUUGGACAAUAUUGGAGUAUCGGCAAAAAAGCCAUUAUCGGACAUCUCUAAUAAAAAUGGGUUAAUUCCACGACUGUAUAUAUUGGUAUCGGUUGAUAUCGGAAUCGGUAAUUAAGAGUUGGACAAUAUCGGAAUAUAGG